AUGACCAUUCGAGAUUUUGUUCUUUCUGAUGCACAGUCAUUUGAACAAUAUGGAUUCUUUCUAGUUUAUAUAAUAGGUUUAUUAUAUUCUGGAUAUGGAUUUUAUAUUGUAGUUGAAUAUUAUCUUAUACCAGCAUGUAAUAAUUGUAGUAAAUUAGUUACUCGAAUUAUUAAAAAUCAUUUUUUAGCAAAUCUCAUAAUGAUUACAGCUUCUUGUAUGCCAGAAUUUUUUGUAGGACUAAUUGGUUAUGCUUUAUUAGGUGAUAUGAUUUUCCCAGCAUCUAUCAUUUUUGGAUGUACAUUAGUGAAUUCUGUAUUAUUAACUGGGUUAGGAUCAUUUAUUUCAUUAGAUAAUGUAGUAGUAGCUAAAACAGCUUUUGUAAGAGAUGCAACAUUCUUUAUUGUAUCUGUAAUUAUUAUUUACUUUUUCUCAUCACCUUUUACAUUAGAACGAUUACAAGAUACAUCAGAAGCACCUGCUACAACAUAUUUAUUAAUAUUACUUUGGAUUUCUUUCUUUAUUUAUAUCAUGUAUAUUAUUGCUUUAACAAUGAUGUCAUUCUUUAGUAAAAAACGUGUUUAUGAUCAUCACUUUGGAUUUUUUGGUAAUUUAUUAAAUCGUCAUAGUGAACAAACUCAAUUAUCAAUAACACUUAAUACUGAAGACGUUCCUAUUGUUCUUCAUGAUGAUACUGUAGUACAGCUUCAUAGUGGAUUAUUAUUUGUAAAAUCACCAUAUUAUACAAAUAUUACUUUCUCUUCUUUACAAUGGAAACAACAUUGGUGUGACCUUUUUAGAGAUGAAAUGGUUAUACAUAAAGACGCUAAUCCAUUGUCUCCAAUAUUCCAAACUAUCCCAAUUUCUUCUAUUAGUAAAGUUACAUGUGAUACUAUGGAUCCAUCAAUCUUUAUUCUUUCUAUGUGGAAUGGAAGUCAUACUGUUAAAUAUACAAUGAGAAGUAAUCAAAGACAAUCUUGGGUAUCAUAUUUUGAAGUAUUAUUACAAGAAAAUAAUACAUUAGUCAAAUCAAAUAAAAAACAAUCUUUCUUUGAAAUUAUGCAACGUAAAUUUACUUGUAAAGCAACAAUGUCUGAUAGUCAAACUUUUCUUAAUCUUCCAAGAAAUCUUCCACAAAGAAUUGUUUAUGUUUUUAAUUGGCCUUUAUUAGUAAUUUUAGCAUAUACUAUUCCUGAUGUUAAAAUUAAAACUUGUGCUCGAAUGACACCAGUUACCAUAUUAAUUUCUUUAUUGUAUAUUGGCGUUUUUGCUUUUAUUGGAAUAUUUUGUGGAUAUCGUUUAAGUGAAGUAAUUACUUGUCCACCAGAUGUUUUAGGAUUUACAUUUGUAGCACUCUUCUUAUCAAUUCGUCAUAUUAUAUCUGGUUGGGUUAGUGGAAGAAUGAUGUGUGCUAAUUUAGCUAUUCUCAAUUCUUAUUCUAUGUCAUUAUUCUUUACAAAUGUUGCAAUUGUUAUUCCAUGGAUGAUUUAUUAUUAUGCUAAAAUUGUCCAUAACGAUAAUACUAUUUAUGAACAAAAUCAUUUUACUUCAUAUUCUCUUGAAUUUGUUGUUGCAGGAGAAAUUUUCGUUUCAAUUUGUCAUUUGUUCUCAACUAUUGGGUUUAAAAAUCUUACCAUCAGUCAUGCGUUCGGUAUUUUCUUAAUUCUUUGUUAUAUUAUUGUUUUCAUUGCUACUCUAAUGACUUGGGUUGGUGCUGCUGUUAAAAAUUGA